AUGUCGCAUUUCACUGCUACGCUCGGCCUCCUGGCCCUGGCGACACUCGCUGCCACUACAGAGGUGAAGGAGGUUGACGUUGCUGUCGUCGGCGGCGGCGCCUCUGGUGCGUACGCAGCCUUCCGUCUCCAGGAGGACUAUGGCAAGAGCAUCGCUUUGAUCGAAAGAGAGCAACGCUUGGGUGGCCACGUGAACUCAUACAGAGAUCCUGCGACUGGCGAAAACUAUGAGGCGGGCGUCGUGGCGUUUGCCGACAUUGGCAAUGCGGCAGAUUUCUUUGAUCGCCUGGGCAUCGAGCGCGGUCCUACUAGGCAGCAAGCGGUGGCGACCACCUACUAUGAUUUCAAGACGGGCGAGGAAGUGGACUACACGCCCGCGUCGUUGGCUUCCAUGUUCGCUGCGAUUGAGAAGUUUCUGGUGCCCGUGGAGAAGUACGAGCCACUCUUCCAGGACCCUGGAUUCUUCAACUUCCCUGCGCCGGAGGAUAUCCCUGAGGAUCUCCUGCUGCCCUUUGGAGAAUUCCUGACUAAGUAUGAUGCUGAAGAUGCCAUGCCUCUCAUCUACAGCAACACAGCCCUCGGUCUCGGAAACGUGACCAACGAGGUGACUCUGUUCGCUCUCCAGGCCUUUGGCGGAGCCAAUGGACGUGGCGCCGUCGGGCGUCAGCCAUUCUUCUCAUUGGCUUCAGGCCGCGUUCAGGAUCUAUAUGAUGCCGUUGGCGAGGUACUCGGCGACAGCGUCCUGUACGGCAGCAAUGUUGCAUCCUCCAAGCACACAGAGAAGGGCGUUGAGGUCGAAGUCAAGGACCUCGAGACCGGCGAGUUCACCAAGGUCUUGGCCAAGAAGCUCCUCAUUGCCAUUGAGCCGUCCCAGAACAACUUGGCGCCUUUCGGUAUUGACGAAACCGCGCGCGAGGUGCUGUCCAAGUUCCACUUUUCCGCUGUCUACACGGGUAUCAUCGACAAUGCCGGCCUUGAAGAUGGGAGGUCGUACUUCAACAUGCCGUCUGCCGCUGCGCCUGACCACUCUCUUAUCCUGCCCGAGGCGCCCAACACGCCUAGAAUCGACUGGUUGGGCCCGGGACACAAGUUCCGAAUCACGCUGGUGGGAGAGGAGAGUUUGUCUGCCCAGGAUGCCAAGGACAUGCUGCAAGGCGACUUUUCUACGCUUGUUGAGGCUGGUGUGAUUGACGGUGAAGCUGGCGAGAAGGUGUCCUAUGUCGACUUCAACACGCAUGGGCCAAUGCACGCACGCGCGUCGGCUGAGGAUGUCGGGGCUGGCUUCAUCCAGGACCUCUAUGCGCUGCAGGGUCGUCAGAACACAUGGUGGACGGGAGGUGCCUGGGCCCCUGGCUUCCAGACAUUGUUGUGGCAAUUUGACGAUGUGAUCUUGCCCAAGAUUGUUGAGCAGCUAGAGUAA